GGGCGGACGGGCGGGCGGUCCUUCUGUCUGCUGGCGAUGGCGGGGGCUCCUGGGGCGCUGCUGAGCGACCUCUACCAGUUCAGCAUGGCCUACGGCUACUGGGCGGCCGGCAGGGGCAGGGAGCCGGCCGCCUUCGAGCUCUUCUUCCGCCGCUGCCCCUUCCGAGGGGGCUUCGCCCUGGCCGCCGGCCUCCAGUGCUGCCUGGCCUUCCUCCGGGGCUUCAGGCUCAGCGCCGCAGACAUUGAGUAUCUCAAGUCAGUCCUUCCUGUGACCACGGAGGAAGCCUUCUUUGAAUACCUGCGCACAGUGGAUGCGUCGGAAGUGUCCAUCUCCUCCGUUCCAGAGGGCUCAGUUGUCUUCUCCAGGGUACCUCUACUACAAGUGAAAGGCCCUUUGCUCGUGGUACAACUCAUAGAGACCACCUUGCUCUGCUUGGUGAACUAUGCCAGUCUUGUGGCUACCAAUGCUUCCAGGUUCCGGCUUGCAGCUGGCCCAAAUAAGAAGCUCAUUGAGCUGGGCUUGCGACGGGCCCAGGGACCGGAUGGAGGCCUCUCUGCAUCCAAGUACUCAUACCUGGGAGGCUUUGAUUUUACCAGCAACGUCUUAGCUGGGAAACUUUUUGGGAUUCCAGUUCGGGGGACUCUAGCUCAUUCCUUUGUGUCCUCCUUCACUUCACUGGGUGAGAUAAAAACACGGAGUCUGGUUCCUCUCGGUGGGAAGGAGCCGGUGGACUUCCCCUCUUUAGCAGAGACGUGGCUGAGCCGGGUGUGCCAACUCCUCCAAGUCCCGCUUGAUCAGGUGCAUCGAGGAGAGCUGGCAGCCUUUGUGUCCUACGCCAUCACCUUCCCACAGGACUUCCAAGGCUUAGUGGACACCUAUUGCGUUAUGAGGAGUGGCAUCCCAAACUUCUGCACUGUUGCCCUGGCACUGAAUGAACUGGGGUACCGAGCUAUUGGGGUGCGUCUAGACAGCGGGGACUUGGCCAAACAGUCCCUAGAGAUACGACGCGUGUUCCGGACUUGUAGCAAGCACUUUCAGGUCCCCUGGCUAGAAAAUGUUCCCAUUGCCGUGACUAAUGAUGUCAGCGAAAGCAGCCUUGAGGAGCUCACUGCAGAGGGGAAUGAGAUUGACAUGAUCGGCGUGGGGACCCACCUUGUCACCUGCCCGCUUCAGCCUUCCCUGGGCUGCGUCUAUAAGCUGGUGGAAGUGAAUGGAUCUCCCAAGUUGAAGGUGACGGAAGAUGAGGAGAAGACCACCAUUCCAGGAAGCAAGAUGGUCUACAGACUGUGGGAUGCUGCUGGUUUCCCGUGUAUGGAUCUGAUGGCACUGGAAGAAGAGUCGCCUCCAAGGGCUGGCCAAGAGGUCAUGUUCUGGCCACUGGGAAGAACUGGAGAAGCUGGGAAGCUGACCCCAACAGCAGUAGAAACCUUGCACUGUGUGUACUUCAAAGAUGGCCAGGUUUGCCAACCACUCCCCAGCCUUGUAGAGAUCAAAAAUCAUGCCCAAACUUCUUUAGACAAACUCAACCCUGUCCAUAAGAGACUCCAGGAUCCAGAGACCUACCAGGUUGCUGUGACCGAAAAGCUCCAUUCACUUCUCACCAGCCUUCAGAGCAACAGCCUGUGAUCCAUACGACCCCUUCAUCCAAAGCCACAAACGGAGGCAAGCCAUGCUCCUAUGCCAUGCACUGAAUCUUCCUGGCAUCGUCAGCCACUAGUGGCCUUUCUUUGUGCCUGGGAUAUCUUACUGGGAUGCCAGAUUUUAUGCCUGUGUUGGAAGACGUCGGACUGUAUUUACACACCCUUCAAUUCUGCCAGUGUUGUCCCACUUUCUCUCUCCUCCUUCUGCCUUCCCCCCUUCAUCCUCAGUUUACUGCAAUUGGUGCAAAAUGAGUUCAAAAUGGAAAAAUAGUUUGCAUUCAACUCUAUAGGAAGGAAGGGAGAAGUGGGGGCAGAUCUUUCCCUUAACCAUAGACUAAAGGACAAACAAACUGCUGCACCUUUUCCUUGUUUGUAUGCGCUUCCAUAUUAAUAAUGUUUGCCAUUUUGACCACACUCGGGCACAUAGCUACCAGUUUUUACCUGUGAAAUGGUAGAAGGUAUGCAUUUAUCCUCUCUUUUAAAAAUAAAAUAAAGAGGGAACAGAAACUGAUCCAUCAAACUGGACACACUGUUAAAGGAAAACAUUUUGGAGACAUGUUUUUGAAUAAACAGAUAUAAGUUACUGUAAGUCUCCCUUAUCUGGAAUUACGAAAUCUGAAAUACCUCAAAUUCAAAAUUGUCCCCAUGGGUGGCUGAGAUAGUGACGCAUUUGCUUUCUUAUGGUUUGGUGUACGCAAAUUUUGUUUCAUGCACAAAAUUAUUAAAAGCCUUAUAACAUUACCUUCAGGCUUUGUUUAAACAGUGAAUGCAAAACAAAAAUUAAUUCUGUGUUUGACUUGGGUCCCAUCUCCAAGUCAUUUCAUUAUUAUGUAUGUGGAAAUAUUCCAAAAUCCCAAACACUUCUGGCCCCAAGAAUUUUGAAUAAGGGAGGCUCAGCUUGCAUAUAUUAUUCUAAUAAUAUGCAAUAAAAAUAAAUAAAUAAACAUUGUGCAAA